AAAGUCUACAAAGCGCGUCUGACAUCAGACCCUUCCGAUCCACCCAUCCUACUCAAGCACCGGUUCAAGAAAGGAUACCGCCAUCCUACCCUCGACGGCUCGCUCACGCGGGCGCGUGUCGCCGGUGAAGCGCGGGCUCUGGCAAAGUGCCUACGAUCGGGCGUGAGCGUACCAGGAAUCAGGAUGGUCGACGCACCGGAAGGUGUGCUCGGUAUCGAAUGGAUAGAUGGAUCCAGUGUGCGCCGCCUGCUACCAGGCGGUGCUGGGGAGGACGAAAACGACACUGACGAAACCGAGGCAGCGGUUGAUGUCCUUCAUACCCUCAUGCAACUGAUUGGGGAAGAAAUCGCCAACCUGCAUUUGACCGACAUGAUUCACGGAGAUCUAACUACGUCCAAUAUGAUGCUCCGUUCACCCUCAUCGCCGAAGACGCCGAAUACAAAGCAGCUUGUCCUCAUCGACUUUGGUCUUUCGUACCAUUCCUCUCUGAUCGAAGACAAGGCUGUGGACAUGUACGUCUUGGAGCGCGCCUUCUCAUCGACGCACCCGGACUCGGAGCCGUUGUUCGCAUCUGUGCUAGGAGCGUACGAACGACGAAUGGGCAAGGAGUGGCCCGCACUGGCUCGGCGAUUGGAAGAUGUUCGACAGCGUGGUCGAAAGAGAAGUAUGGUUGGAUGAGGCUAUGAAAGGCGAAGAAUCAAGUGGCCCCAAUCGACGAUCUCUAGGCCUUCAUGCGAGUUGCAGCAUAUAUCUCGGAAACAUCGCCCAAAUGUGUUUUCAAGUCAAGUACGUAUCACAGCUUUCCUUUGAUGUUAGCGUGGACGAUUCUGU